GGAGCUGUUCACAGGCAUAAAUAGCCAUUGGGGUUCAUUCCAGGGGGAUGAUCCUCUCGGCUCUGGACAGCGGCUCUGGGAAGAAUGCUGAGAAUGUCGUUGGUCCUGGCUCUGGGCCUCUUGGUAGCUGCACUGGGCCGCCCACGUGGCACACUGGACAGGGAGAUCCCAGUCCAGGACAAGCAGGUGGAGAUGCUCAGCACCAUUGCCUCUAGCAACACCAACUUCGCCUCCCAACUCUACAAGCUGUUGGUCUUGAAGAACCCUGGUAAAAAUAUCAUCUUCUCCCCCCUAAGCAUCUUCACUGACUUGGCCUUCCUGGGUCUGGGAGCCCAAGGAACUACCCUGGCAGAGAUCCUGAAAGGCCUGAACUUCGGCCUCCCAGAAAGCCGUGUGGCCGAGAUCCACCAGGGUUUCCAGCACCUGCUGCACAUGCUCAACCAGCCCAGGGACCAGCUACAGCUCAGCAUGGGCAAUGCCAUGUUCAUCCGAGAGCAGCUGGAGGUGCUGGACACGUUCCUGGAAGACGCACGCACUCUGUACGAGGCCCAGAUAGUCCCCACCAACUUCAAGCAGCCCGCAGAUGCUGAGCAGCUCAUCAAUGACUUCGUCAGGAACGAGACCCAAGGGAAGAUCGUAGAGCUGGUCCGGAACCUGGACCCAAGGACGGCCAUGAUUCUGGUGAAUUACAUCUUCUUAAAAGCCAAGUGGGAGAUACCCUUUGACCCCCGCGAUACCUUCGAGUCCAAGUUCUACUUGAGCAAGACCCGAUCGGUGCAGGUGCCUAUGAUGACUGUUGAGGACCUGACGGUGCCCUCCUUCCGGGACAAGGAGCUGUCCUGCACGGUGCUGGAGCUGAAAUACACAGGCAACGCCAGUGCACUCUUCAUCCUCCCCGACCAGGGCAAAAUGCAGAAGGUGGAAGCUAAGCUGCUCCCAGAGACCCUGGGCAAGUGGAAGAAGAACCUGAAGCCCAAGGACAUAGAUGAGCUCUCCCUGCCCAAGUUUUCCAUCUCGGACAGCUACGAACUGAAGGAUAUUCUUUCCCAGCUGGGCAUCAGGGAAAUUUUCUCCAGAAAGGCAAACCUGUCAGGGAUCACAACAUGUCGUGAGCUACUGGUCACCAAGGUGGUGCACAAUGCUCUGCUUGAUGUGAAAGAGGAGGGCACGGAAGCUGCCGCCGCCACAGGAUUCAAACUUGUCCCUGUGUCUGCAAAGCUGAACCCCAUCAUUUUGCGAUUGGACAGGCCCUUUCUGAUCUACAUCUUCCACAAAGACAUCAUUCUCUUUAUGGCCAAAGUGGCCAACCCCAAUCAAGCCCAGAGCUCCUAACUGAGCUGUGGGUCUUUCACAGAGGAGCAGGGCUAGAUAUCCAACAGGCAGGCCUCUGUGUGCAGCCCGCUCUCCAUGAGCCCAGUGGCCAUGGCCAGGCUGGGGAGGUGACAGCGACUGUCUCUGUGACAACUGCAUGGUUCCAUCUGGGUACAAUAAACCAUCACCCUGGGCCUGGACUCUGUCCCUGUGCCCCUUUCCUCCUGA